CUCUACACUUAAUCUUCUCCAUUUAUUGAGGGGAGUACGAAUCUGACCCUUGCCUCUUUGUUGACUAUCUCAAUCUCUUUCCCGAAUUAGCCAAAAAUUAGAGAGGAGCGUAAUUUCUAUCUCCUUCUGCUCCUUUCUCCCAUUCUUUUCUUGGCUAUUACAAACCCUAAUUUUCCAAAUCACAUUCUUUCACUACUUAUUUCUGCCUAACUUUCUUCUACCUCCUCUAAAUCCACCCCAUUCUGCAGCAACACAUUGCUAUCUCAAUGAUCCAUUUGGUCCAUACUCCACUUGGUUUUUUCUCAUAUUUCUCUUCAUAAAAGUUUCCUCUCUUUCUUCUGCAGCGAUCUAUUUGUGCGUUGAAGGUGCGUGUUUUUUGUGUAUUCCUUCAACCCAAUUGAGAAAAAAGAGAGAUUGGGCAUUGCGGAUUGAUGGGGUUGUUCUUUUGAAUCUGUAUUAUUCUUUGUAGGGUUUGUGUUUCUCUGUUACAGUGACUCUGUUGAGAGAACCAAAAAAAAAAAACGAAUGGAUUCUUGUGGGAAAUCGAGCUUUUUGGUUCCUCAGGAGAAGGGUUCGUGCCCCUCAAUUGGGUCAGUGUUUGAUGGCUAUUUGAUCAAGAAUUGUAGUCGUUUAGGAAAUUCUUUCAGCCUGUGUGGUUUCAAUGAGAAUUUAGAUGAAGAGACAUGUUUUGAGAUGAUCAAUGCUUUGUUAGGUGAUUUGGAUGAUUCAGAGGAAGUGGUAAUUGAUGAUGAUGUUCUUGAUCGGUUGCCAAUGGAUCCCUUUGGAAUGAACAUAACGGCAUUCUCAGAUUGGAUUGGGGAUUUUGAAUGGGGUUUCCGACCUGAGGAUGUUGAGUUUGGGGUGGAUGAGACGCAUGAAAAGAUUGGUGAUCAUGAUCAUCUUCACUUUUUGGGUCUGAGUUGGGCUUGGAAUGGCCCUGAGAAUUUACAGCCUCAUAAGGUUAAUGCUAAGGGGAAUGAUAUGUCAGUUUCUGGUGAUGUUUUAAAUGGAUAUCAAAAUUUUGAUGUGGUGUUUGAUGAGGGCAUUGUGGUCGAUGGAAGCACAAGGGGGUUUCUGAGUGUUAGUCAUGGGGACUAUAGGGUUCAAAGCAGGGAAGUGGAGGAAUUGCGAAACUGCACUGAAAUUGAAUGUGAUGCUGAAGGAGGUGUUCCACAUGAUGCUUUGUUUUUUGUGUUGGGUUAUCUAGGUGUCAGGGACCUUCUCUCUGUUGAAGGGGUUUGCAGAUCCUUGUGUGACGCUGUUAGAGGCGAUCCUUUGUUAUGGAGGACCAUGCACAUUGAUCAGCCAUUAAAUGAGAGGAUUACGGAUGAUACACUAGUAAAGUUAACCAACAGGGCUCAAGGUACUCUUCAACAUCUGGCCCUAGUGAACUGCUUAUGGAUCACUGACAGUGGUCUUCGGCGAGUUUUACAAAGUAACCCAAGAUUGACGAAGCUAAGUGUGCCAGAUUGUAUUAGACUCACAAUUGAGGGCAUCUUAUUCCACCUAAGGGCUCUAAAAUCAUCUGGAAAACUUGGUAUAAAGCACUUGCGAAUUGGUGGACUUGCUGGUGUGUGUCAUGUGACUGACCAGCAGUUCGAUGAGUUGAAGGAAUUACUGGAUGCAAGCAAGUAUUUGCAACAGGGAGACCAGAAGCCACAAUUCUUUGGAGAGUAUUCACAUAUCAUAUGUGAAGAUGACCGUGCAAUUGACAUAGAGGUAUGUCCAAGAUGCAAGAAACUGAGACCUGUUUAUGAUUGCCCUGCCGAGAGCUGUCAACAGAAACAUCAGGCUUCUCAGCUGUGUAGGGGUUGCACAAUAUGCAUAGCACGUUGCAUCCAUUGUGGAAGAUGCAUUAAGGACUUUGAUUAUGAAGAGACAUUUUGUUUGGACUUGCUUUGUUUGAAUUGUUGGAAUCAGUUCCUGCAUUGUCCGGAGAAAGGAGGGAAGGAAGCUACAAAGUGUACUAUUAUUAGUCAGAGAACCAUGUAUCAGUUUUGUCUCUAUGGCUAGGAGUGCCCCUGAUCUGCAUGAUGAUCUUUUGACAUACAUUGGAUCAGAAUCUGCACAUUUGGCUGUCUGGUUUUUGAUGUGCAAAACUGAGCUGAGUGUGCAUGGUAUAACAUUUGGUUGUGGAGGUAUUGAAUUUACUCAACUGCUGAGCUUGAGUUGGAUAAUGUGUGGCUGAGCUUUCCUAAACUGUGAUAAGGAAGAAGAAAAAAAGAUUUUGGAGGGGAAUGCAGGCUUCAAUGAAAUCACAUUCAUUGAAGUGAGAAGGAACAAUGUAUUUUAUUUGAUGCUUGAUGUAGUGGUGAUGCUGAAGAAGGGCUGUUGGUGCUUGCGGUGGAUCUUUUUUCUGCUGUUCGUUGCAUUGAGGAAAAUGUAGCCAUUGUUGGUUAGUGUGCUAUUCUGCUUGUAAUAAAUAAUCUCAAAGAGAAGCUACAUUGUCAAGCACAGUGGUCUGGCAUAUCUGGGGUUCUAGGAGAAUAAUUUAAGGUUUUUCUGCAGCUGUAAAAUGGCUAAAGCAAUUUCAACCAUUCUACGAUGAAUAUACACUUCCCUGUUUUUUGGCUACACUUGUGAUCUAUCAAUACACCAUUGUCUUGUCAAGUACCAUCAUACGCAAUAAGCCAUCUGGUUCAAUGAAGAGAGAUUCCCCCUCCAAUAAUAAAUAAAUAAAUGUACCUUUUCCCCAUUCAAUGUAAAUACUAGUCUCUGGAAAUUGAGCCCUUAUCCCUUGUUGGUAGAAACGGUUGAUGUUUGGCUCUCUAUGAUAAACAAAAGGGGAAGAAAAAUUCCAAAUUUUAGAUGUUACUAUUUGUUGCAUUCCAUGAGUUUCGUGUCUUUUACCUCCUUCAUAUAUUGUCUUCUUUUGGUUCACGUGCAUAUGCUAUACAACAUGGGACAUUUCUUUUCUCAAAAAUGUGGAAGCAGGAAGUGUAGCAUCUUUUAUUUUCCAUUUUUCAUCAAUCCGUGGAUGAAGCAUGGCCACAUGUGUGUGUUCUGUCCUUUUGUCAGAUAUUCAAAACUUUUAGUCAAUAAUUUAUAUUUUAUGGUUUUAUGAAUAUCAAAUUGUGUGUACCAAACACGCAAGAUUAUCUUGUAAUUUGCCAUCCAAUGAUCUUAUUGCAAAAAGUUGCAUCAUCUAUGCUACAUUUAUCUUUUGCGUAAGCUAAUUGUGAGAAUUGGACGAUGUUGCAAUGAUAAUCACUUAUGUAGCGGCUUUCAGAAUUCAUUUUAAGAAUCUACUGUACGUAUACUAUUGAAUUUUGAUAUACUGCUUGCUUGUUAUGUAAUUUGGUUUGAUAUUAUGCUUUCUACAGGUCCAGAAUGAUCCUUGCCUAAAAGAUUAUUGGAUCUUGGAAGUGAAAUGUGAGUUUUAAGUGUAUGAAUUUACAAGAACAUUUUUAAUAAUGUAACUGGAGUGAGUUGUUAUACAUAAUAUUUUAUAUUUGUUGUUA